AUGAGCACCAAUAACUUCCAGCAGAAAACACCGGGUAUUUACAACCCAGCCUCCAAGUAUCCCUUCGGUCUUGGCUCUCCCCGAUCUGCCUCUAUCAAAUACUUGAUCAAGCAGUGGAAUCUGCACAAGAGCGACUACCUCGGUUUCUUGACCUUUGGCCAGUUCUUCUGCGGCAGCGAUUUCAUCGAAGCCAUCGAUGAUGGACGCCUUCGAAUUGAUUUCACCGACAACCGACAUGUCUACGCUUACUCUGGCCAGACCGCCUACAAAGAGAACGGAAACUUCUCCAAGAAGACUCUCCAAUUUAUCGCUCGAGGUUCCGACGCUGCCGUCUGGGGCGCCGGUAAAUCUACCUGGGUCGACAUCGUCUUCGUCCAAAUCCACGGUAUCGACACCAUCGACUGGCAAGGCAAAGACAUCGAAAUGUGCUUCGAAAAAGCCAGAAUCGGAUUCGAAAACAACGCCAACGCUUACGCCGAAGCCGUCAACAACGACGUCAACUAUGCUUCCUGCGUCGUCAACGCCUAA